AUGUCUUCAAUCUCCCUAAACCUAAUUACCGCGUUUACAAUCUCAUUCCUGGGAGCCAUAAUUUACCGAUCUCACAUCAUAUCGUCACUACUCUGCCUAGAAGGAAUAAUACUAUCUAUAUUCAUCCUGAGUUCCACCAUCAUCCUUAACCUCCACUAUAUAUCCUUCUUCCCUAUACCAAUAAUCUUACUAGUAUUCGCGGCCUGCGAAGCAGCAAUUGGCCUAGCCCUACUAGUAAUGAUUUCAAACACAUACGGAUUAGACUACGUACAAAACUUGAACCUACUACAAUGCUAA